AUGGCCGUUAUUCACCAACGUGUCGGCAUACUCCUUGUACACCUUUCCAAGAGAAACUGCCUGUUCAGAGGAGUGGUCAACGGAACUUGGCUCAGCAGAUUGGAAAGCCAGCACUUUCUCGAUGGUUUCUUCCAAAGCCUUGAAAUGAGCAUCAGCUGGAGUAAUGGAUUCGUCGCUGUCCUUCAGGAAAUAGGUUUCCAAGGUGUCCAACUCGGAAAGCCAGAUGGAAGCAACUUUGUCAAGAGCGUUACCGGCAAUGUAACAAGUGAUGGCAUUGCUACGGGCGUUCUCAACAGACGAUUCAAGCAAUCUGUCACCCAAUUUGACAAAGUUCUCGUUGAAAGCUGGAGUUCCUUCGCUGUGAGCAAGAACAGAGCCUGCAAUGUCUUUCCAGGAUUGGAUGUCGGCAUUCUCAACAACAUCGUCAACCUUUUCGUUGGAAACACUGUAUAG